AUGCGUCCCAAGCUGUCUUUCAGGAAGCCUCGGAGUCGCGCGAAGGACGGACCGGCGUUUGUAUUCGUGGAUCAAGCCGACGGCCUCUCAUCGGGGACUAGUGACCAAGACGCAAGGGCUGUUAUCCGACGGCAGGCGGCACGCUCAGGUCGCAAGCACCGACGGGACGAAUAUGCGAGUCCGGAAACCAGGGAUGGCCUAGUUGCUGCGACACAAAGUCAGACUGCAGAAGAUGACGACACGUGGAACCGCAAUAUGCAGCUUAAGGUGUCGAGUCCCAGCCCUAAGCUUUCGCCUUCGCUCAAUGGAUACGAGACCCUGCGGGUGAAGUACAAUUUCGACAUCACCGAUCUCACGAGUUUCACCGACGUAGACCUAGGACGAAUCGCUUACUUGUCGCUCCGAGAUCACCCCACUCGCCUGGCCAGUCUUCUGCAGAAACGGUCGUCUUCGUUCCUGGCCUUCCUGCCUAGUCGGUAUGGGUCUAGUUCUUAUCUCGAUGAUGCGAUGCAUUGUGUUGCUGCCAGGGCUGGUCAGAUGCUUGGCUUUCCGGUUAGGGCUUCGACGCUCUCCGUGCUUUAUGUCAAGGCCCUGCGCAGUUUACAGGAUGUUAUCCUGGAUAAGGCCCAGAUUCUAGGACCAGAUGUUUACUGCGCUACCCGUUUGCUAGCUCUCUACGAGUUGCUCGGUCUACCUGACGCGAACCAUUGGGUUCAUCAUAAUCGUGGUGGCAUUAAGCUCGUUGAGCUCAGGGGGCCGGCGAACCAUCGAACCAGGUUUGACUUGAUGCUUAUUAAAAGUCAAGGCCCGUCUAUUGUCAUCGACAGUAUGUAUCGACAGGAAGCUUCAUUCUUUGAGGCCCCGGAAUGGCAAAAGUUCUUUAAGAAUGCAUCGAUUGGGGAUGCAGAUCCGGAUUUGAGUCUCUGGUGGGAGUUCUUCGGAGCGAUUAGCUUCAUGCCGGGGAUUCUCAAGGAUAUGAGGCUUCUCUUUACAGAUACAUCAUUUCAACUCGAGUGCAAAAGGCGAGCCUCGGAAAUCCUCGAGCGGACAAGGAGGAUGCACACAUCGUUACAUGAAAACCAUAUCCGCUACCAACGCAAAUAUCCCUGUCCACCAUCUCUUUUCGACCUCCCCGCAUCCGUCGAAUCCCCCGAUCGCGUCCGACUACGUGGAUUCUUCUUGUAUGUCAUCAUGUACAUCAGUCGUGUUAAGGCGACACUCUCUCCGGACCAGAGCGAACGAGUGGCUAGCGAAGUUGAAGCGCAGGCAUUUGCCACGCAGACCUUACUCAUUGAGCAGAUGACUGCGAGACUCGAUCCGGCUAUGACCUGGCAUCUUGAGCAACGGAAUGCACUGCCUUAUUCAAUUGUGCAGACGAGGGAUGAGUGGCUCUCGGAUGUAGACCCCAAAAUGAGUCAGGAAGAACUCGAACUCUUCCUUGCGCGGCGGUGGCUGAAGUGGGAGGACUCGUGGAGAGAUGCAGUCCUGAAAGCAGAGCUGACGGUGACCGAGAUUUCUGAAUGAAAUAAAUUUCUGGAUAACUAACAGUCAUUUUAUAAGAUACCUCUUUGUGUACAUAUGCAAACUGGCCACGAGGUACAUUUAUAUUUCAAGAAAAAUAAUUAGGAUACCAG